GCAGGGCUUUUGUCAGGAAGGGGGCGUCUCUCGCAUUCUUGCGUUACAUAAAAGGUGAAAGACUGCUCCAUGUCCAUGCUGCUGCUGUGAGCUACUUCUGGAGCACUGACCACCAGAAAAGAAGCAUAAAAUAGCCAUUUUUUCAAAAGGAAGGCUGCACGGAAUGAUGGCGGCUUCUUUGUUGAGGAUAGGGAGACUGGGCUGUGUCAAGUGUUUGCAGGCUGAGAGCUGGAAUACUCUGAGUAGAGCACCUGCAGCUGUAUGCUUUAGCUCAAAAUCUGGUGGUUCCAAGAAGUCGUCAAAAAAGAACAACUCAGACAAAGACCAGGCCAAAACAUAUUUCGAUAUAGAGAAACUUGUCCAGCACAAGUCCUAUGAGUUUCCCAAGAAAGGCAUGUCUCCGGCAGCAACCGCUGCAGCAGCAGAAGCUGCAGCUAAACCAGCUGCAGAGCCUGCGCCCUCUGCUGCUGCACCCGAGGCUGUUGCAACCAGCCCUGUGGUAGAAGCUGCCACUCCCACGGUCGAAGCGGUCUCGGAAUCUGCCUCAGCAGUUGAAGCCACACCUGUGGUGGAGGCUGUGCCUGAAGCUGUGGUUGAAGCUGUCGCAGAAGCUGCACCUGUGGUCGAGGCUGUGGUUGAAGCUGUCGCAGAAGCUGCACCUGUGGUUGAGGCUGUUGCUGAAGCUGUCCCUGAAGCUGCACCUGUGGUUGAGGCUGUUGCUGAAGCAGUCCCAGAAGCUGCACCUGUGGUUGAGGCUGUCGCUGAAGCUGUCCCUGAAGCUGCACCUGUGGUUGAGGCUGUUGCUGAAGCUGUCCCUGAAGCUGCACCUGUGGUUGAGGCUGUUGCUGAAGCUGUCCCUGAAGCUGCACCUGUGGUUGAGGCUGUCGCUAAAGCUGUCCCUGAAGCUGCACCUGUGGUUGAGGCUGUUGCUGAAGCUGUCGUUGAGGCUGUCCCUGAAGUUGCACCUGUGGUUGAGGCUGUUGUUGAAGCUGUCGUUGAGGCUGUCCCUGAAGCUGCACCUGUGGUUGAGGCUGUUGCUGAAGCUGUCGUUGAGGCUGUCCCUGAAGCUGCACCUGUGGUUGAGGCUGUCGCUCAAGCUGUCCCUGAAGCCGCACCUGUUGUUGAGGCUGUUGCAGAAGCAGUUGCAGAAGCUGCGGCAUCUAUAGCUGAAGCCGCUGCCCCAGCAGCUGAAGCUGCCACCGCAGUCGCUGAAGCUCCUGUUGAAGCUGCAGCUGAAGCCCCGGCUGUUGAAGCAGCAGCAACACCCGAAGCUGCUCCAGCAGAACCUGCUGCCGAAGUUCCUGUAGAAGCUGCUCAAGAAGCCCUUGCUGCGGAAGCUGCACCAGUUUUGGAAGUUGCCCCUGAAGUUGCCCCUGCUGAAGCCCCAGAGCCUGCAGCUGCUGAAGCUGCCCCUGUAGAAGCUGCUGCAGAGCCUGUAGAAGCUGAAGUUGCCCCCAUUGAAGAGGCUGCAGCUGAAGUUUUGGCCCCCGCAGAGAGCAGCGAGGAGCUGGUGGACCCUGCUCCAGUCGUAGCUGAAGCUGCGGGAGAGGAGGUGCAGGCGGACAUCCCAGCUGAACCAGUUGAACCAAUUGAGGCUCAAAUGGACCCAAUUCAGAAGCUCUUCUUGGACUCCAUACGCGAGUACUCCACAAAAAGCCAGUCUUCGGGGGGGCUAGUGGAUGCAGGUUCAGAGUACGAAAAGGCCUUGGCAGAGGAGGUAGCAAAGCUUCAGAGACUCUAUGGUGGUGGAGACCUUGCAUCUUUUCCAGAGUUCAAAUUCACAGAGCCCAAGUUGGAUGAAGUGUCCCAGAAGUGAACCUCAGCACUUUGCAGUUAACCUUUUUUCUAACGUCGCCUUUUCCCUGUACAUCUGUGUCUGCUUAAUGUCAAAGUUACAACAAACUGUUGUCUCUAGCUUUUGUAUGUGAGAGUAGAGCUGUUUCAGUAGCUGGAUAUUUUAAGGGAAUGGAAGCUAACGCAUUAGAUGUACAUUUUGGCAGACAAAGUGAACUUAGCGCUGUGAAAUAAGCUUUGUGCAGAUUGAUCCAUGGCUGAGCUGAAUGUGAAUGAAUAAAAACAAUAAAUUCCAGUUCAUAUGUCUUAUUA